UGGUGUUCUUAUUCUACAAGGAUUCCUUCUUUCCUUUUUUUUUUUUUUUUUUUGGGUGAGAAAGAUUCCUUCUUUCCCACACUAUAUAUCCCAAAAGCCAAUAAAAUAAAAAAAAGAGAAACUCACACAAACCCAUCAAUUCCCCACCCCGCCCUCACUCUCUGUGUUCUUAUCUCCUUCUUCUUCUUCUUCUACUUACUCCUUCUUUCAUGGACAUGGAUUCCAAGCCCAGCUCAGCAAAUAAUAAUCUCAGUAUAACAGUAGAGAGAAAUCCAUCUGAAUCACGCUUAUCUGAACUGGGUAUCAAGUCAUGGCCUAAAUGGGGUUGUCCACCAGGAAAAUUCCCUCUGAAAUUUGAUGCAGAAGAGACUUGUUACUUACUGAGAGGGAAAGUGAGAGCUUACACAAAAGGGUCGCCGGAGUUUGUAGAGUUUGGUGCCGGAGAUCUUGUAACUAUCCCAAAGGGUCUCAGUUGCACUUGGGAUGUAAUGGUUGCUGUUGAUAAGCACUACAAAUUUGAUUCUUCUUAGCAAUAGUUUUUUUUAUAUUCUUAUCAAUUCAAUCUUCUUUACUACUUCUUUGAGUUCUGAUUCCUGUUUCUUUUAGUUUAUUUAUUUGUAAUUUUUAGUAUGUUAAUAUUCUUGGCCUUUUUUUUAGUGAUGUUUAUUGUAGUCAAAGUAAGGAAAUAUCAAUGAGUUAAUGCAUGUCUCAUUCAAAGAUUUUUUCUU